GGAAGGGGCGGAGCUUUCGCCCAACCGGGAAGCGGAGCGCGUUCCGGAGCAGCGUAGCUGCGCGCCGCCUUCGACGGGAGAUUUUCGGGGCAUCGAGAAUCACAUCUCGGCCUGUCUCUCUCCCUCUCUCUCUCUCCCUCUCUCUCCCUCUCUUUUUUUUUUUUUUAAAGUAAGUAUUCCGGAGGACAUGGCGGACCCAGGAGCGGACGGCGAUGCGGGGGGCGCGCGCGGUUUCGCGCGACAGGGCGCGCUGCGGCAGAAGAACGUGCACGAAGUGAAGGACCACAAGUUCAUCGCGCGCUUCUUCAAGCAGCCCACCUUCUGCAGCCACUGCACCGACUUCAUCUGGGGUUUUGGCAAGCAGGGCUUCCAGUGCCAAGUGUGCUGUUUCGUGGUCCACAAACGCUGCCAUGAGUUCGUCACAUUCUCCUGCCCAGGAGCGGACAAAGGGCCGGCAUCAGACGAUCCCCGCAGUAAACACAAAUUUAAGGUACACACAUACUCCAGUCCCACUUUCUGUGACCACUGUGGAUCUCUACUUUACGGACUUAUACACCAGGGGAUGAAAUGCGACACCUGCAUGAUGAAUAUUCAUAAGCGGUGCGUGACCAACGUUCCGAGCCUGUGCGGGACGGAUCACACGGAGAGGAGAGGACGACUGUACAUCAGCGCCGACAUCAAAGAGUGCAAGCUGACCGUAACCAUCAGGGAGGCUCGGAACCUGGUGCCGAUGGACCCGAACGGCUUGUCGGACCCGUACGUGAAGCUCAAACUGAUUCCCGACCCCAAGAGCGAAAGCAAGCAGAAGACUAAAACCAUCAAGUGUUCGCUCAACCCCACCUGGAACGAGACUUUCGCAUUCAAUCUGCGGGAGACGGAUAAGGACAGACGUCUGUCUGUGGAAGUCUGGGACUGGGACCUGACCAGCAGGAAUGACUUCAUGGGUUCUCUCUCGUUUGGCAUCUCCGAGCUCCAAAAGCAAGGGGUCAGUGGCUGGUACAAAUUGUUGAGCCAAGAAGAAGGCGAAUAUUUUAAUGUUCCAGUCCAACCCGAUGGUGAAGAAGGUAACGAGGAACUGCGGCAGAAGUUUGAGAGAGCCAGGAUUGGUCCGGGCAACAAGAACGCCGACAGCUCGUCGUCCAACGACAUCUCCAAAUACGACGCCAACGGCAACCAGGAUCGCGUGAAGCUCUCCGAUUUUAACUUCAUCAUGGUACUGGGAAAAGGCAGCUUCGGAAAGGUGAUGCUGGCCGAGCGUAAAGGAACGGACGAACUUUACGCCGUGAAGAUCUUGAAGAAGGACGUCGUGAUCCAGGACGAUGACGUGGAAUGCACCAUGGUGGAGAAGAGAGUUCUGGCGCUUUCCGGAAAACCGCCUUUUCUCACGCAGCUGCACUCCUGCUUUCAGACUAUGGACCGCCUGUACUUUGUGAUGGAGUACAUUAACGGUGGAGAUCUGAUGUACCAGAUACAGCAAGUGGGGAAAUUUAAGGAGCCGCAUGCUGUGUUCUACGCUGCAGAGAUUGCCAUUGGUCUAUUCUUUCUCCAUUCAAAAGGCAUCAUUUACAGAGACUUAAAGUUGGAUAACGUGAUGCUGGAUUCUGAGGGUCACAUUAAAAUCGCUGACUUUGGCAUGUGCAAGGAGAACAUGCACGACGGCGUGAAUACGAAAACCUUCUGUGGAACUCCGGACUACAUUGCACCUGAGAUCAUUGCCUAUCAGCCGUACGGGAAGUCUGUGGACUGGUGGGCGUACGGAGUUCUGCUGUACGAGAUGUUAGCGGGACAGCCUCCGUUUGAUGGCGAAGAUGAAGACGAGCUUUUCCAGUCCAUCAUGGAGCACCACGUUUCCUAUCCGAAAUCCAUGUCUAAAGAAGCCGUGGCUAUAUGCAAAGGCCUGAUGACGAAGCAUCCGGGGAAGCGUUUGGGUUGCGGCCCUGAGGGCGAGAGAGACAUUAAGGAACACGCGUUCUUCCGGUACAUGGAUUGGGAGAAACUGCAGAACAGAGAGGUUCAACCUCCAUUCAAACCCAAAUCAUGCGGUCGAGACGCAGAGAACUUUGACCGUUUUUUCACCCGCCAUCCUCCAGUCCUGACCCCUCCCGACCAGGAAGUGAUUCUUAACCUGGACCAGGACGAGUUCCAGGGUUUCUCUUACAUUAACCCAGAAUUCCCAGCUCAGGAGUCCAAGUAGCCAAUAGCAGCGCGGCGCUUGCACCGAGACCAAUCAGAUCGGAGAGGCUGAAACAACUGAGACCUAAUGAGCCAAUCAUUUUGUUCAGCCUGUAUCUACAUUUCCGCUUCCGUUUGUUUCAUACAGUUUAUGCUGGUUAAUCAUUUUACACACACACACACACACACACACACACACACACACACACACACACACUGCCCAUCUACGGUGUUAUAAACUCGUAAUGUUAUGAGUUGACUACAUGAGAAAUAUAUAUGUUUACUUUUUAUUAUUCAGUUAAAAUAAUAAAUGCUGUAUUUACUUUUUUUUUUUUUUUUUAGGGGGGAGGGCGGGGUUUAGAAUAUAAAUAUGAUAUAAAUUAUCGAUAAUAUAUUAUAGAUAAUAUAGAUAUGAAGUAUAAAAAAAUAAUAUUUGCCAAAAUAUAAAAAGCCACCUAGUUUCAUUAUGUAGGUCAGUCUGUUCCUGGUACUUUUUUUUUUUUUUUUUUUUUUUGGCCUCGUUUAUCAAACCGGAUACAACCGAAAUUUGUUCGCAGGAGCAUUUAGACAAUUCACGAAAGUUCGGAAAAACUUCGUAUCCUACGAGAAUUUGUGUAAAUUUACGUAUAAUUGACGUGAACCUCGAUUGCCUUCAAAUCAUUGCUGAAAAUUGAUUGCUGCCAUUUUAUAUACAGAACAUGCUAUCAAGUUUAAAUCACUUGCUAAUUUUGAGUCGUUUUGUAUUAAUAACUAAUGACAAAUAAGACUAGCCGUUCAAAAGUAAUGGCACCCUGUAACAGGAGGAGGAGUUAACACACGUCGGUGGAAGCGCUGCAGUGGCUGAGCUGCGUUACUGGAAGAUUUAGGAGGCGCUGUACUAUUUCGUCGCCAUUUUGUCAAUUUCAGCUCUUGUUAUGGAGUUUUAUGGGCGUGGCUAAAUGUAAAUGUGCCAUGAACACAGCUGAUAAACGCUGAUUAGUUGUAUAUUAUCAUUUAUCAUAUUAUCAAAGACAAUCAGUGAAAAAUAUAGCAGGGAUUUUUACCUCACUUUGUCUGUGAAACAUUAUAUAACACGACUUCAAUAAAAGAUUGAUAAAUGAGGCCCAUUAUGAACAUGUAUAUACACAAAAGUAUGCUGUUUCUUUAUUUCGUCGUAUAUCUGUGCCAAAUCUAAGAGUUCUGUGUAACGUACUAGGUUUACAUCAGUGGUUCCUGAACCAGUCCUCAGGGACGGGGUGUUUUUAGUUUUGUUUAGUUUUGUUUUUUUGCUUUCCAUCUCUCAGCACACGUGUAUCAGGUAUACAGUGUUUUUUUUUUUUGUUUGUUUUUUUUUUGGGGGGGGGGGGGAUCACUGCUUCCUGUCAAUCAACGUGGUGUGAACAUCAGACAUCAUGCAUGAACCUGGAUACACACUGUAACUGAGGACUGCAACUCCAUCCUUACUCGAGAAUUUUUUAAUAUUUUUGACUCCCCAAAGUGGUAUUAUUAUUAUUAUUAUUAUUAUUAUUGAUAUUAUGUUGAAAAAGAUUACAUAUCUUUUGUCGUUAGUCCACCAAAUCUGUGUAGUACAUUAUUAUAAUUCAUAUCGUAAAACCUGAAGCCCUCAAAGUAUUUGAAUGAGAGUAAUGCAAUCCACUGUGAAGAGAUGGUACAUUUUACAUUUUAAUAUAUAGAUAUAUACAUAUAUAUAUAUACAUACAUAUAUAUAUAUAUAUAUAUAUAUAUAUAUAUAUAUAUAUAUAUAUAUAUAUAUAUAUAUAUAUAUAAUAGUAAAUCUAUGAAUAAUUUUUGUUUCUUUUUUCUCACAUAAACUGAAAAACAUCCUCGCCAUACAACACAUUGUUAUUGUGCGAUAAUAAUGUGUUGCUUAUUGAGUUUUCAUUACCCUUUACCGAAAAUCAGUCUUGCUGAGUGACCAGCUAACAGUGAACAAAAUAAAGGCAUGGAUACAUUCAAAACA